UGAACGAAGAUUAACAAUGGUCUAUGGAACGAAAAAUUCAAUGAGCGAUUGGCAUUGUGAAAAAACCGAUCAAAUGUUGUUAGAGGCUGCCAUACGAAUGGAGAGGGAUUUAAAAAAAAACAAAAUAAUAAAUAAUAUUAUCCUUCCCAACUCUUUCCAUUUCCCAACAGAAAACUAUACUCCCUUAAACUUGGAGGAAUAUAUAUCGUUUCCUUCUAUUUCCAACUCUAAUUUGGAAAAUGAUUCAAUUACAGAGAUAAAUAAGGCUGAAUUGGAUAUAUAUUUAAAGCCCGAUCCCCCUAAAACCCAUCAGCAGACCAGCAUCCAUCAAGUAAAUUCAACACCAAAAAAAUCUGCCUAUAUUAAAAAGUGGCAACGAUUUGGCUUCCAUCCACAGAUAAAGAAAAGAGAAGAGAAAAAUGAAAAAGAUAAUUUUGAAGAGAAGCCGUAAAAAUACAGGUGAGAAGCAUUUCUAAUCAUGUUUUAUUUAAGCAUUGCAAUUUUUUACACUGUGCGCUUUAAUUAAAGAUCUUCCAUCACACCGUUCUCCUUCACCGCCGCUGAAAAUAUUUAAUGAUGGGACAUCAACAUCAACAGAACAUGAUAAUUCUGCAAAUAGAAUUGAUGAAGAUUCUCAUUCAAGCUGUGUGUCCAUCUCUCCAUCAGAAGAAAGCAAUGACUGGAUAGGAGUAACUUGCUUCAAUAACAGAGUGUUUGCAGGCAGAUUAGAGAACAAGGAAAAUAGUAAGAAUCUUAAAACUUUUUUUAAGCAUAAGGAAACAUUAGUUCAAAAUAAAAUUAUGGAGUACUUAUCAUUACAUACCUCAAUUAAAAUUUCACUAGGUUUAAAAUGUGAUUUCAUAAUAAAAAAAGGUGAUAUGGAAGUUAUCGACAAUUUUCACUUUGUGUUAAAACUUGUUCAUUACGA